UUAGCUCCCUUGCAAACCCCUACACCUCUUAUCCCCUCUCUGCAGCAUUCUCAUAAGUAACUGAUUUAAGAAUUUUUAUUGAGUGAGAACAAAUAUAUUCUGAGGCACUUUUUUUCUGAUAGGGGAAAUAUUCAGGUGCUCUGAUGGGUUUGGGUAAAGAACAGAGGGAUGAAACGAUUGCGACGAGUUCACUUGGGGAGAGAGUUGGGAGGUUUGUGAAAACAUAUGCAGCUUGCUUUUGGUCGUUCCUGGUGAGCAUCGCCGGGGGUGUGAUGUUGGGAUGGUGGGAGUACGCGUAUCAUCCCUCCAAUCGUCAAUUAUGGAUGGUGCCUUUUGGUCUUAUUCUCUUCUCCACUCCGGCCUUCAUUUGGUUUGCUGUUUUUGUUUCGGAUUUCUGCGAUUGUUCGGAGGUUGACCAGCUGCCGGUAAAACAAUCGGACGUCUUAGUUCGUGACCCGGAGAGGUCAUCAGAUGAUAUCAAACCAAACAAGUACUAAUCACAUAGGUGAUUGUUUUUUUUAUGUGAAAUUUUCUCAAGAGUGAUUUUGCUACAGUAUACAAAUCAAAAUUAUAUAAAUAUAAUUUCUUUCA